GAAAAUAAAAAACUUGAUCUUAUGAUUUUUAUAUAUUUUCGACAACAAACAAACAACAUCAAUCUUUUUAGCCGGUCAUUCAUUCUUUGUCAUUCGAAAGAAAAAGAGAUUGAAAAACAAUAAACAACAACAAUGGCCGAUGUUAUUUUCGAAGAUAUUUUUGAUGUAAAAGAUAUUGAUCCAGAAGGAAAAAAAUUUGAUCGUGUUAGUCGAUUACAUUGUGAAUCAGAAUCAUUUAAAAUGGAUCUAAUAUUGGAUGUUAAUACACAAAUCUAUCCAAUGGAUUUUGGUGAUAAAUUUCGUUUACAAAUAACAUCAACAUUAAAUGAAGAAAGUUAUCAUGAUGAUAGUGAAUGGAAUCCACGUGAUGAUCAACCAAAUCGUGCCGAUUCAUUUGAUUAUGUUAUGUAUGGUAAAACAUAUCGUAUUGAAGGUGAUGAAGGGCCGAAUGAAGCAACCAGUAUGGCAGCAUAUGCAUCAUUUGGUGGUCUAUUAAUGCGUUUAAAAGGUGAUUCAAAUAAUCUACAUAGUUUUGAAGUGGAUAAAAAUAUUUAUUUAUUAAUGAAAAAAUUAAAAUUCUGAUUCGCAUGUAAAAAGAACAAUUUUGACACCAAUUCAUUCAA